AUGGUUGCCUUCAAGUCUUUUCUCAUACUUCUUACGCUUGGCGCCGAAGCCCUUGCUGCAGCAGUCCCUGCAUCAACUUGCUCCACUGCUCUGGGAACCAACACGGUUAAAAAUGUCCCGACUUCUAGGGUUACUUCUAUUAAGAAGAUCACUAUCACUAAGAAGGUUAUUCGCAAGGUCAAUAUUAUUGUUGUUCCUGUAGCCAAGACUUCUACUAUUCGCAAGAUAGAAACCUCGACAUCUAUCUCUACUGCUAACAAGAACACAAAGACUGCCACCAGCACUAUUAUUUCUGAGUCUACUGUCGUCAGUUCGAGGACGUCCUGGAGCACCACUACCACCGUUACUUCAACCGUUACCACUAAGUUCAUUACAUCGACCGUCGCGAAACCUGCUGGGUUCACCGAUAUCAACAAUCAACCUCUUACCUAUAAGCGAGCUGUGAAAAAGAGAGUCACUACAAUCACAACAGGCGUACCUGGUGGUUCCAUGCCUCAAAGUGUCCGCUGUGUUAAGGAGAUCCCCAGCUACAGCACCAAGACCAUCACGACGACAGUCCAGGGACCACGCACUACUCUCAAGGCAGCCACAAAGUUCAAGACUAUCACUAGCUUUACAACUGUCACAUCUACAGAAUACCCAUCUGAUGCUAGUACUACUGUCACAACAAUUGAACGACCAACAACGACUUCUUUCGUUGAUGUUACUUCCACCACCACUAUCACUUCAAGUGUUACUGUUGAGAGCCAAAUACCUCAAUCCACGGAAUUUGAUAUCUGUUCAGAAGAGAAUAUUAUGUCCACUGCCAAUGGCGGCGUUGUCUCCGGCUUUGAUCAAUGGCAGGGUAACGGCUACGCUUUGAGCGUGGGUGGAGGCCUUAACGCUCGCUCUUGCUGCCAAAUUUGCGCAUCGCACGCCGACUGUCUGGGUUCCUAUUUUAGAAUCACUGGCGGUAGUUGCAAUAUUUACAUUGCAGGUGAUGCAGCUAUUUGUGCCAAUUCGGCUCAACCCAUCAUUGCUUUGUUCCGCACAAAUCGGGAUCUAUCCAUGUCAGUCCUCCUCAGCAAUGGCCCUUGUGGACAAUGGAAGAAUGAUGGCGAUGCUACGCCGACGUCCGCUUGA